AGAAGAUGUGUUUAUUCAUGGGCAGGCUGUACAGUGCGUGCGCAAAGGAUUGUGGGCUCGGCGCGUAUGUUUCCAUCAUGGCGGCGUCAAUUUCGGGAUACACUUUUAGUUCUGUGUGCUAUCACAGUGCCAACAGCAAUUCUGACCAUGAGGGCUUCCUGUUGGGAGAAGUGAGACAAGAGGAAACUUUAAACAUCAGCGACUCGCACAUCGGUAGCUCAGAAUUCCUCACUGUAAUAGAGGUCCAUAAUCAUGAACCUUGUGCACAACUGUUUAGCUUUUAUGACUAUGCAGGUAACAUCAAUGAAGAAAAUCUCAACAGAAUCCUCAAGGAUAGAAGAAAAAAUGUUAUCGGCUGGUACCGGUUUCGAAGGAACACCCAACAGCAGAUGUCAUUUAGGGAGCAGGUGAUCCAUAAGCAGUUGACCAAUAUACUUGGCAUCCCAGAUCUGGUCUUCCUCCUCUUCAGUUUCAUCUCCACAGCCAAUAGUUCCACACAUGCUUUGGAGUAUGUGCUCUUCAGGCCCAACAGAAACAGGUAUAAUCAGAGGAUAUCUCUAAGCAUCCCAAACCUGGGCAACACCAGUCAACAGGAAUAUAAAGUCUCAUCUGUGCCGAAUACCUCCAAGAACUACGCCAGUGUCAUUAAAGAACAUGGGACUGACUUCUUUGAUAAGGAUGGGGUGAUGAAAGACAUUCGAGCUAUUUUUCAGGUGUACAGUGCCCUUCAAGAAAGAGUGCAGGCGGUGUGUUGUGAAGUAGAUCAAAGUGAACGAGUGAGGGAGAAAAUCCAAGAAGAAGUGAACAAACUCAAAGAGGAAAUCGCUCUCAGGAAACGUAACAGCGCUGAGGAAGAGAGAAGACUUCAAGAGGCAGCCGCUGUCACGCUUCCCGAUAACUCUGCCCUUCCCGACUCCUCACACUCUUCGCUGACUCGAGUCGUGCUCUCAGGUCCCUCGGUGGAGCCCAAUGUAGAGAGACCCGUAAACUCGACGUCUCCACCAAUCUACAGCACCACACUGCCUCCAGAUUCACCAAGCGCUAUACUACUACCGCGGCCCCAAGCCGUGGGCUCGCCCGGCCACCCAUCUCCCAGUUUGGGCCUGGGCAACGGAGACGGCUCGAGCUCAGAUUCCCUGAACCGCCAGGCCACCGGCCAGGAAGACCAGGAGGAUGAGGAUGAGGACGACGACAGUAGCGAGUAUGAAAAUUUAGUUAGUGAGCAAUUGCAGUCACCUUCCUUAUCGGAAGCUGUUACAUUAGGACGACCGGCUACCCUGUGGCCCGACGGAGAUGCCCACAGCCCUCCGGGCUCAUAGUAAUUGAACAAACGAACAGAACUACAGGUGAUCGUGAGGCCGGUGGUGUUCACAACAAACAAGCACUUGCCUUUUGUGUCCUGUUGUACACAUUUAACAGCUCUGUUCAGGGGACGUCAUCGGGUUGUGACGGACUCCGAAGUGGCGAUGGAAUGAUGUUCCCAUCUAUGUGGACCGACGGACCCCCUUUUCUCCGUUUCAUGCUCUUUGUUUGGUUGGAGAGGUGCAUCCUGCUUAUCUCGGCGUCUGCUACUCACUGGAGUCAUUCAGUUCUUGCACCAUUUACCUCUUGCACUGUUUUGCCUUCAUUUGAUCUGCGUUUAAAUAGAAAAGCAAAGGGAAAGAUGACUUUUUUUGCGGCCUUCAAACACAUCUCUGUGUGAGCUUAAACCAUGACUUGUUCACUGUCUCGCUUCAUAAAUCUGAAUGGACAAAAAAAGAAAAGGAAAAAAAAUCAGCAGUUAUAAUAAGUGCUUAGGACUGCAGCUGCUUGACACUUGAACAGUUUUUGUUCUAGAAAAUUUAUUUUAUUUUUGGUUUUAUUAGUUAUAUUGGAUUUAAUUGAGUAAUAUAAUGGCCUAUUCAUGGGGGGGGAUAAUUUUUGGUCAAUGAUUAUAUAAUUUUCUUUAAUAAGGGGUGCUUGUAUUUUUUAUGACAUACUGUAGAUCACUACUAAUUUCAUUGGCUUAAAUCAAACACGUUUUUGUCCUGAUGAAUGAACCGAUGAUUAUAUUAUAUUUUGCUGCACUUCAAACUUUUUCCAUUGAGCUUUAACUGAUUUUAACGGUUGUGCGGUUUGAUGGAGCCAAUCAGAAACUGGAAGGGUCAAAAUGCAGCAUCAUCGAUCUCAGGAUUGUUUUACAGUACCAGGACUGUUGCUUUCUCUCAUCAUCUUGGCCACAUGUCUUUGUUCAUUAGUUGAGAAUAUAUGAUCGCUUUACUCAAAGCAAUGCAGCGGUGGAUCAGUUUAGCGCUCUAUGAUAAUGUGAAAUAAAGAUUUCAGCCAUAUGCAGCAGAACUUAGA